AAUUAUGAAAUCUAAUGAUGAAAAGUAUUGGAGUCUAGAUAAUUCUAGAGAAUUAUUAGAAGAUUAUAAGUAUGAUAAAGUUUUUCUUGCAUGCUAUGGAACACAACUGUUUGAUAAACUGAUAGAGUAUAAACAAAAUGAAUUAAUUGAAGAUAUACUUCGAGGAUGCCUAGACUUGAGUAUUAGAAAUACAAAAGAGGGGUUUACCGCAAACAUAGAAUUAUUGUGUAUCAUCACUUCUUCAUUUUCAGAAUUAUCUCAAAAUUAUACUGCAUAUAUUUCAGAUUUUUUAUCACAAAUCGCUUUUUCAAAUCCAACCAUUCAAUUAAUGAUUCCUUUGCCAAAAUUUGUAACUUAUCCUUAUCCUUACAAUCCUUGGCUAGAUUUGGUCUAUCCAACACCAAGAUUCAUCAUGUUUGCAUUUGCAAAUUCUUUAUAUUUUUUAUUAAGAUCGUCUAAUUAUUAUUCCUCAGAUACAAUAAAUUCAAAUAAUUCUAAUCCAAAUACGAUCACAUUUGAAACAUUUCAAAGUUCUAUUUUGGCCACCUAUCUCAUGUUAUUAGAAACUUCAAUUUCAACAUGGAUUAUACUAGGAAACAUAACUCUUGUUAUUCUAUUAGUUAUAUUCUCAUUUACCAUGAUGUAUUUAAUGAAUUUAUUUAUUGGAUUACUUAGUAAUGCAAUUAAUGAUACAAAUAAUAAGGAAUCAUUUUUAAUUUUAAGAGCUGAGGUUUUGGCUGAAAUUGAAUUGUUUUAUAUGUUACCUUAUCAAAGAAGAAAGAAUAAUUGGUUUCCACAAAUUAUUUAUUUUGAAGCUCACAUAAAUAAGCUUCGUGAAAUAAUAAGACAAAUUGAAAAAGGAAAUUAUCCUGGAAAUAAACCUUUUAUUUCUCAAAUUCUUUUAAAUACAAUCGAAAUGAAAUCUAUAGAAUCUGAUGAGCUUCAACAAGUUAUAAUAAUUAAUGAUUCUUUAAAAAAAUUUAGGGACUCAAUUCAAGAGUCAAAAGAUGAAAUUAAAAAUUUGAUUGAAGAGUUAAAAAGAAUAGUAAAUAAAAAUAGAUAA